GGUUGACAACGGAAGAGGUCUGUUGAACAAGUUCCUGAGUUCCAGUGGUUGUUUGCUGUUCUUCGUAAAUAACUAACACAGGGAUUUAUUUCAGAUGGAUGAAAAACCAGUUAACGUCUGUCCUGGUGGACAGAUGUUACCUGAUCCUGGUGGACAGAUGUUACCUGAUCCUGGUGGACAGAUGUUACCUGAUCCUGGUGAACAGAUGGUAACUGGUCCCGGUGAACAGAUGGUACCUGGUCCCGGUGAACAGAUGGUACCUGGUCCCGGUGAACAGAUGGUACCUGGUCCUGGUGAACAAAUGGUACCUGGUCCUGGUGAACCGAUGGUACCACCACACCAGGAGCAGGAAGAGAUGGAGGUUACUGUGACAACACAACUAGAGAAUCUGAUUGUGACUGCUGACCCUGCAGACCUGUCAUCAAAUACACCAACACUUCCAGAGGAAAAAACUGACUCCACAGCAGCAGCUGCACUUUCUGUAAACAGUGUGUGUAAGACAGAGGACAGUGAUGAAGAUGAUGAUGACUCAGAUGAUUCAGACAGCGACAGCUCUACCUCCUCAUCGUCCUCUUCCUCCUCUUCCUCCUCUUCUUCUCCUUCUGCCCCUGUACUUGAGGAUGACGAUGAGGGUUUCAGCCAACCACCUCCCAUUAAAACCAGAGACGAAGUCUUGCUCGAGGAGCUGCCGGCAGUAGAGGAAGUGUGUGUAUCAUUACCAGAGGAUGCAGAACUGCAGCCUGUAGGAACAGUCUCCAGCAUUUUACAGCAGCUUGUGAUCGUCCAGUCUCUGAGAGACACACCUGCUCUAACUGAUGACAGCAUCAUCUUUACGUCUGAUAGGAUGGCUGUUGGCAAGGUGUUUGAGGUGUUUGGUCCAGUCUCCAGUCCACUGUAUGUUCUACGGUUGAACUCAGUGGAGCAGGUAAACAGCAAGGGGCUGAAGGAGGGACUGACUGUUUAUUAUGCACCAGCCAUCAAAGAAUACACAGGAUACGUCCUUACAAGGCAGCUUACUCUUUUUAAGGGUUCUGAUGCAUCUUGGAAGAAUGAUCAAGAACCACCACAAGAGGCUUUAGACUUCAGUGAUGAUGAGAAAGAGAAGGAGUCAAAGAGGAAAGGGAAAAACAGAAAGAGGCGGGAUAAUAACAAUACAGAUAAUCCUGUCCAAGGUACCCAGAACACCGUGCAGCAGCAGCACCAGCACCAGCCAGCACCAGCAGCACCAGCAGCAACACCAGCAGCACCAGCAGCAGCAACCGCGUGACAUCAGGGGUUUCCCACCAAGACAUGCAGGGCUUUCAUUCAGGCACCAGAACCCAAGGAACAAACAGCCACAAUUCAGACAUACACACCAAUCACACAGACACACAGAUGUGCCUCCCAUGUACCUUCCACCCCCCUGCCCUUACC